UCCACUGUGAGCAGAUGAAAGCCAGCCACCCCCUCGUCUUCCUAUGGGUGGAGUGAUUGGGCACGGUCACAGAGAGGAGACGGAAAGGCGGUGCACACACACACACGGCGGCCUCACUCACUCACUUGUACUUGCAUAGUGUGAGGAACUGAAGACGGGGAGAGCAGCUGCCUCACACACACAGCAGGCUGUGAGCUGUGAGCAGGGAUGGUGGCAGAGGAGGUUGUGGUCUCCCUGUCUGGGGGAGCCCCGUGGGGCUUCAGGCUGCAAGGAGGAGCAGAGCACCACAAACCACUACAGGUGGCCAAGGUACGCAGACGCAGCAAAGCAUGCAGGGCUGGACUGAAGGAGGAUGAUGAACUGGUUGCUAUUGACGACCACAUGUGCACAGAGCUCAGUCAUGCUCAGGCCAUGAACCUCAUCGAUACACAGAGAGCAACACUUAACCUGAGGGUUAAGAGGGCUCCCACUGGACUGCACUCCUCCUCUCACUCAGGUCGCUCUGUGUCCCCCCGCUCCUCCGUGAGGGUCCUGUCUCCUCCUGUUGCCCCACUGUCCUCCCACCGUCCCUCCGUCCUCUCCCCCACUGGGGGACCCCGGGGCAUUACCUCCCCUCCAGACAGCGAGGCAUACUACGGGGAGACGGAUAGCGAUGCAGACACGCAGACGCACACUCACCGCCGCCAGCGCCGCACGCCCCCUCAUGCACGCUCACCUGGUCGUUAUGACAACCAUGAAGAGGAGGAGACCUCAGAGAUGAGCGGGUAUGAGAGUGCUCCAGACGGAGGGCUUUCCUUGCAGGGGCAGUGGGAGCAGCCAAGGCUAGGAGAGUGCCUUCCUGGCGUCCCACGGAGAGAACUAGUCUACCAGCCCCCUCAGACCGAGUGGGCCACCCCAGUGCACACCCCACACACUCUCACCCCCCACACACUCACCCCAACCCCUGACCAGGGAUUGGUGGAGGCAGAGGGAGAGGGGGACAGUGGCUUCCAGGAGGCAGGGGGCUGCGUAGGGUUGACCUGCCCACCACUAGUGUCUCCUGAACGGGCUAAAGAGGCUCUGAUGCUGGGAUCUGGAAGACAGCUGGUUCCCAUGGUGGGACCACAGCAGAGUCCCAUCAAUGAUGAGCUGUCUACCACCUACAUGGACAAAGCACGGCAAGCUAAGUUGCAGCGUGGGGAGAGUGUAGUGGAGAAGCAGGUGAAAGAAGCUCGUACUAAAUGCCGAUCUAUUGCAUCCUUGCUGACUGAUGCUCCCAACCCCAACUCUAAAGGGGUGCUUAUGUUCAAGAAGCGCCGGCAGAGGGCCAAGAAAUACACACUGACCUGCUUUGGCAAAGUUGAGUCAGACAGAGGAGGGGAAACAGAGGGAGAGACAGGAGGAGAGACAGAGGAGGAGGGAGGAAGCUCAAUCCUAAGUGGCUCAGAACUCGACGAAGAGGGAUUCUCGGGAUCCUUUGACCCCACCUGGGAUAGUGGUUACCUGGACCUGCUGGACAGGAGAAGCUCCGCCUGUCCAUCAACCACUCCAACAACACCAACAGCCAAUCACAACCCAGGACUGGACACCUCAGCCUACCAGAUUCCGGGGCUUGGAACAUCUGUCAAUCAAACCUCAGAGCUGGAGGGUCCAGGAUUGGAUGGCUCGGCCUAUCAGAGCUCAUGGCUGGAGAGCAGCAGCAUCAAACAGCCAUUUAAUGCCCAUCCUGCUCCUAACCCCGCCAGCAUGUCCCCCCCAGCUGUGGCUUUGACCAACGGGGGCACGGUAGCCGUCAGUCGAGCCAGUGUUGUUCUGAACCCGCCCUCUCAGACACCCCUUCCAACUCAAAACGGGCAACACAGCAGCCCCAGUCCCAGUCCUAAUCCUAAUCCUAACCCAAUCCUAAACUCAGAGUAUAACCUGAGCAACAACCUCAGCCCUAAUCCAAGCUCUGUUCUGAACCGCACCGCACGCCCCUUCACCCCCGGCCCUACCUCUGCUCGUGCAUCCGUCACCUCUGUGGUGUUUCGCCCUCCCCAACCUAAGCCCGCCGCCGUAACCACGGCUACCAAACCCGUGGCGGCGGUCUCCAUGGUGACCAUCGCACCUUCUCGCCAGUCGUCAGGGCCGGAUGCGAGGAGAGCGGUGUCUAGCACCUCGCUCUACAUCCCUCCAAGAAAUAGCAACAACUCAUCUGCUGUCACUCCUCCCUCCGUCCACUCCCCUCCUUCAGCGCUCUCGCCUCCCUCCUCCUCCUCCUCCACUGCGCCUUUCUCCCAGCCUCCUGCUAACCCACCACCAUUUUCCCCUCAGAACUCAGUGCAUGCCUCCCCCUUCUCUCCUCCCUCCAUGCCAUUCUCUCCCUCUGCUGCUCCAUCUCUUUCUCCUGCUGCUCAAGGUCCCCCACUCUAUCAGUCACCCGCUCAGCCCUUUUCCCCUGCUGUCCCACAAACUCCACCGUUUCCCUCUCCUCCUGCUCCUAAUUAUCCUCCUGUCUCCCCUGGCAUGUCUGUUCCUCCCUUCUCUCCUCCACAACCCCCUGCUCUGGCCCAGGUCUACAAUCAGGCCCAGCCCUCUCCUCCUCAUCCACACCCUCCUCAUCCUCUCCUCACCCAGCCCCAGCCCCAACCUCCUCCUCCACACCCUCCUCAUCCUCUCCUCACCCAGCCCCAGCCCCAACCUCCUCCUCCACACCCUCCUCAUCCUCUCCUCACCCAGCCCCAGCCCCAGCCCCAACCUCCUCCUCCUCCCUCCUGCAACCCCUACAUCAACAUGACAAGUGCUGCUGCCGUGGCGACCCCAUUGCCUCCUCAACCCCCCGCCUCUGAUUCACUGGCGACGCGUGAGCAGCGCAUCUCCGUUCCCGCCUCCCGCACCGGCAUCCUGCAAGAGGCCCGUCGGCGCGGCAACAAGAAGCCCAUGUUCAGUGCGGUGCAGAACAAGAAGGACGUUUCCCCGAAUCCUGCGCUGCUCUCCAUGCUGCAGAACAUGGAGGACCAGGCUGGGAAGGGCUCCGCGGGACAUGGUGGAUCUGCCGGGGUUGGGGCCGGUGGGGAGGUCGGGCACGAGUCAGGGCCCGAGGAAGACUGGCUGAGGUUGGGCGCGGAGGCCUGUAACUUCAUGCAGAAUCAGCGGGGGCCCAGGCCACCUCCUGUGGCCCCCAAACCACAGGCCCCUCAGCUGCCGCAGCUCGCUGGGAAGGGAGGGCAGCUGUUUGCCCGCCGACAAAGCAGGAUGGAUCGCUAUGUGGUGGAGCGAUCUCCCUCUGUUGCAGCAGCACCCUACUCCCCUGCCCAGACAAGGGAACCCUCACCCACACCUUCCCUCCCUGCCACCUGGAAGUACUCCUCCAACAUCCGCGCUCCACCUCCUAUCAACUACAACCCCUUGGUCUCCCCCUCCUGCCCUCCUAAAGCCCAGAAGUCACAAAAGCCCGAAGUGGCUAAGGCCGGAUCUAAACCAGCAGGGAAAGCAGGCAUGAAGCCUUUGGACAUUAUGAGCCACCAGCCCUACCAGCUCAAUUCCACUCUGUUCAGCUAUGGGGGCGGGGCUCCCAAGAACACCUCCGCCUAUCAGCAGCAGCAAGGAAUGACAGGUAGCUUCCAGCAGGGGCCGAUGAAGACAGCUCGAGUGUGUGAGGUGAAGCGCUUUUCGACGCCCCCUCCCACAGCCACAGGGCCCACCCUCAAAGUCAUCGCCCCUCGCUCAGCCACAACACUAGGAGAGCCACUGUGGCGCUCUGAUGUCACGUCCCCUCCACCUGCACCUGCGUCUGCCGCCUACCAGCCCUAUCAGCCCUAUCAGCCUCAGCCUCAGUGGGCCACCUCGACCCUGUCACCUCAACCUCCCCCCGCCCCGACUGCCCCACUCCCUCAGCUCCCGACCUUCUCCUCUGGUCCAGUCCCAGCUCCUACUUUCUCUCACCUCCAGCCCUCCAGCACUGCCCAGGCCAACAAACAGUUCAAGAGCGCCCCGGAUCUGAGCCCGCGGGGUCCCGCUGCCGCCUCUCAGCCUGCAUCUAACAGCACCCAACAAAUCCGGGUCCCCAGGCCCAGGUUCAGCACUUCCAACCUGGGUUUGCAGCCCUGCGUCUGGCGCCCCGGAUCCAACAUGCACUGAAAAGACGCUGGACACACUAAAGUGACCAGCUACUGCACUGAGGGAACAACAGAGAGCAGAGGCCUUUUGAACAAGUGUUUUCAGUACUUGUAGUAUUAUUAUAAUUCAGGGUGGAAGUUUUAGAUUUUAUCAAUCACAUGUUUAUUCACAUGAUCAUCAGUUUGGAUCAGCCACCCAUGGAGCACAUUUUAUCACUUUUGUGUAACCUUAUGUGCCUUAACUCACUUAUAUAUUAUGUUUGAUAAUAGUUAAAGGGAACACUGUGUUUUGCAAAGGAAAUGGGAAAAAACAUGGUGGAAAGGCGAGGUUAAAAAAAGCGGAUAUCGAUGGCAGAUUGACAUGUUGAGGACAACUGGUAUAAUGUUGUUUUCUGUAAAUAUUGUUUUAACACGAACGAUAAAGAAUUAAGUCUGAAUAGACAGAUAGAAGAAUGGAGGAUGUGCCAAAGACAAGCCUGUGGAGAGAGAGAGAGAGAGAAGUAGUUGAUGAUGGGGAAAAAAGAUGGAAAGAGGGAAGGAGAGGAGACAUCAAUAAAGAGAAACAGUGUCUGAUGAAUUAUAAAAAGCGGGGAUUUAACCUCGCAAACCUGUGUACCUCCUACCUGUUGCCAUCCGAUCCAUUUCACAUGAAAAAACGGUGGCAGUUCACCAGUCUGCAUAUCCUCUCUAAUGUGUUAAUGCCACUGUUAAUGCCUUCACUGUUACACACUUCAAGCAAGAGCCUGCCAGGAUUUGUUUGAUGAUUUUGAGUGUCAUAUUUGUAGUUACACUUUGCAGCAGUGUGUGCUUUGUUGUUGUCGUGGUUUCUUCUUCUGUAGUUAUUCACGGGGUGAGGAGCACCACUGUGAUUAAGGGGAUAAGAGGGAAGCAUUUAAAGGUGUUUAAACUCAAUUUCUGAUCUGUUGAUAAGAAACAAGAGCGAUAUGACAUGUCUGUUCAGCUGCAAUUUUUUUUUUUUUUUUUGCCACAGAGACGCACGGCUGAAUAAAAAUAGGCAUGACUCACCUCAGCUGUCACUUUGUUUCUUCCUGUGUCACCCACGUCACCUCUCACACCAGACCUCUGUAUCUCCUCCCUCCUCCUCCCUCCCUCCCGCUCUAGCUUUUUGCCCCCCUUUUUCUUCUUUCUUACAUGCUUCUACUGACUUCAUUGCUGGGUGAACUGAUUUCUGUGAAUCUCUGAAACCAAGCAGUUUUGAGAUCACUGAUAGUGUCUUCAAAAGCUGGAGUCCAGGCAUCAGGAAAAUCUUUUUAUAACCUUUCACCACAGGGAGGCACUAUGGGCAUUAUCAUGGAGACAUGCUGUACCUCUACACUUUAUGGUCCCCUACCUGGUCUCAUCAGAGAUAUUACACUGCUAAAAUGCUUAGCAAUAAUAAGCACCCCAGGGGAAGACAGAUGGCCUCCGUUUUUUUUUUUUUCUUUUAAUAAUGCUUAAUUGAUUUACACACAUGCAAACAUCAAAACUAUCAGCACACAUUCCACUGUGUAUGCCUGGUUAAAUGAUUCAAAACAAGCAUUUUUGGAUUCUGAUCUGAUAAUUGAUUAUUGCAGGUGUAACCUGGCCUUGUUGGAUUCUUGGCCUACAUUGCAGAGCGGUUUAAUGACAGCAACCUGAUGGCCUUGGAGCUGUGAAACCUAAGCAUGGCCACAGAAUGAGUUCUAACCUAUGACCCCCAGUGGGGAUCAGGUGGCAGACAGCGCUAACUUUAGCCGCUAACUUUAGUCCUGUUCAGGUCCCCACCAGUUUACGUAGCUGCUGUGUUGGUGGAGGGUACAAAAUACAAAAAUUUCCCUGCACCUUUCAGUGUGCAAUAUGCUAUUUUUUUUUAAACUGACACAAGCUGCAAACACACCUGUAGUUAUGACUGUGAAACAGCAGUUGAACCCCUGACCACAUUAAGGAAAUACUUCUAAUUUUCUCCCUUCUUAUUCCUCUCUUUAUUGCUGUUGCUAUCAAGUGUGCAUGCACUCUCACACACUUACACCAACACACACGCACAUACACAGCCUAUUUCACCUAUUUUUGGCGCUGUUAAUCUCCAGCUAUUUGGCCCAGUGCUAAACUCUUAAUUCUGAUGGCUUUUUUACAAUGUGAUUUAGAGUGGAGGGGAAGUGCCACCUCAUGCAACCCAUCUCCUCUCAUCCCUCUAUCAAAUACUCUUUUCUCGCAGUGUGUUUGUGGGUCAACAGAAUAGACAUAAGUGUUUGGGGUCAAGGGUCAGAGGUGAGGGCCAGGUCAGCUGACCAUUCUUGAGGUCGUGUGGCUCCAUUUGAUCAUUUCAUAAGGAGACUAGCUACUUUAUCGUUUCUUUUUGUUACUGUUAUAUUACUA